AUGGCUAUGACAUCAAAUAAUACAACAAGUGUUUCAUUUUUCGGUCCUUCUCCUGGAAUAUCUAGUCGCUUUAUUAAUCACAAGUUUUUUGCUUACAAAAAUUACGGAGGGAUUUUUUCUGCAUAUGAUACAGUAAGAAAAGAAAAAGUACUUAUUCGGGCUAUCAUAAAUCCUUAUGAAUCCAAAAAUGAAAUUAUAAAAGUUUUAAAUGAAAUUAAGCUGAUGAAAUAUUUCAACCAUGAAAAUAUCAUUCAGCUUUAUAGUAUUGAAGAAUUCAAAAAUGAAGCGGGUUGUUCGCUAUUUUUAAUUACAGAAUUUAUGGAUGCAGAACUCAAUCAAAUAUUGAGAUCCCCAUGCAUUAUUUCAAAUAACCAUAUUCAGUAUUUCAUGUAUUGCAUUUUAAGAGGACUUUUAUGUGUUCAUUCUGCAGAAGUUGUUCUGGGAAAUCUAAGUUUGGAAGAAAUAUUUGUCAACUCUAAUGAAGAUGUAAAAAUUGUUAGCUUUAGUCACUCAAUAGCUAGUGGUAAAGAAAGUUUAUCAGAAGAAUUUGCAAAGGAACCUUUGAAAUUUCUAUUUUUAGCCCCUGAAUAUUAUUUAAAUAAAAAUUAUAUAACUACAAAAUCAGAUAUAUGAAGCGUUGGGUGCAUUAUGGCGGCACUUUUGGGGAAGAGAUUGGUAUUUAUUGCAGAAGAUUAUAUUCGACAAAUUGUUAAUAUUGUUAAUUUAUUGGGAUGUCCUAAUGAAGAAGAUUUAAUUUUUGUGGGUGAUAGAGCUGCUGAAUUUAUAAGGAGAAUCCCAGAGAAGCCAAAGAGGCUGUGAAAUGAGAUUUAUCCAGAAGCUGAACCAUUAGCUCUUGAUUUUUUAGACAAAAUGCUUGUUUUUAAUCCUUUGAGGAGAUGAGAUACUGAAAAACUGAUCCAACACCCAUAUCUAACUGAUUUAUAUCUUUCCGAUGAUGAUAUUAGAAGAGCAAUGCCAUUUGAAUUUGAUUAUCAUGAUAAAUCAAUAGAUAUAAAAAUAUUAAAAAAACAACUAAAAGCCGAAAUUAGAAAUUUUGUUGGCAAAAUAUAG